AAGGAGGGCCGGAGAGAAAGUUUGCUAUAAGCCUGAUUACAGGGUUUUCUGCCUGCUGAGGCUUUCACAGCGCUUAUGUGGUGCCAUCUGGUAUAUCUGGUGCUUCCCUCUCAACUGGUCUGACCCUGGGAUCUUGAAGUGAAGAGAAAAAGACAGAGAAGUGAAUUUAGAAACAGAGGGAGGAACAGUCGCUCAGGGAAUAGGAGAAAGAGAAAAGCCGUUGAGACAGGAGGAGAACCAGAGUUGGAAAAAAAGUCUGAUUAACAGUCAAAAUAGCAGAGAUCCACCAUCAUGGCAGCCAUGGAACCACUGGAAUCUGCAAGUGCUCAGCUGGAGCCUCAAACCCUCACAGAAAUCUCAGAUGACGAGGUCAACCUGCCACCCUCUGAUGAUGAAGACAAUGCUUUUGCAGCAGCCAAGAAAGACCCGCCGACCGUGAGCUCAGAAGGAGAAGGUCAAGAGGCCAAGGACGAGGCCCUGAAGGUGGACCAGCAAGUGAACGGGGUCUUGGUUCUCUCCCUGCUUGACAAGAUCAUCGGAGCGGUGGACCAGAUCCAGCAGACCCAGAGCGGGCUGGAGACCAGGCAGCAGGAGAUGGAGCGCUCGGUCAUCAGCAUCCAGGGCGAGCUGACCAAGCUGACCAAGAGCCACAGCACCACAUCCAACAGCGUCAACAAGAUGAUGGAGAAGGUGCGCAAGGUGAGCGUCAACGUCAAGACGGUGCGGGCCACCCUGGAGAAGCAAGGGGGCCAAAUCAAGAAGCUGGAGAGCAACGAGGCAGAGCUGCUGAAGAGACGCAACUUCAAAGUCAUGAUCUACCAGGAUGAAACAAAGCUUCCUUCAAAACUUAGCAUUUCCAAAUCCAUGAGGACCUCCGAGUCCGUCACCGGCAGCAGAGGAGGCAGCAUGCUGGAGCUCAAAGAAGCCAUGGAGGAGCCUGGAGAGGAAGCGGGAGAAGGGGAAAAGGAAGACAAACCCCAUGUGGAUCUGUCAUCGGAUGAGGAGGGUUUGGAGAUCGAAGAGGUCAUCGAGGAGUCCCGCGCUGAGCGCAUCAAGCGCAGCAGUCUGCAGCGAGUGCAAACCCUCAAAACUGUUUUCUCCAGGGAGAAGAUGGAUCGAACCAGAGCCAAAACCAAAGAGAACCUGGAAAAGACCAGGCAAAAAACCAAGGAUAACAUUGAGAAAACUAAGCAGAAGACUAAGGAGAACCUAGAGAAGACCAGGCAGAAAACCAAGGAUAACAUUGAGAAAACAAAGCAGAAGACUAAAGAGAACCUGGAGAAGACGCGCCAUAACAUCGAGAAGAAGAUGGGGAAACUCGGGACCCGCAUGAGUGUCAAUCCUGAGCGCAAGCAGAAGAUGAAGACAUCCAGCGACAAAAUGAAGAAGGCCUUCACGCCAGACCACGUUGUUUACGCCCGAUCUAAGACAGCCAUGUACAAAGUGCCCCCUUUCACCUUCCACGUGAAGAAGAUCCGCGAGGGCGCCGUUGAAGUUGUCCAGGGAACGGAGAUGGUGGAGGUGUCGAGGGAUAUCGAAGCCCUGGAUGAAAUCGAAGGGGAGGGGGAGGACGUCGAGGUGGAGGUGGAGAUGGAGAUACCCAAUGGAGGUGGGGAUGAAGAUGAGGUGGAAGACGAGGAAGAGGAGGAAGAGGAAGAAGCCCUGCAGGAGCAUGAGGACAAAGACAGAGACAGUGAAUAAAUGUUAAGUCAACAAUUUGUUUACAAAGUCCAGAGGUUGUAAAAACUAAAACAAGUUUUGAGAAUAAAAACAACUAUUCACAAAAUCAUUGAGGCUUAAAACAGUUUGAGCCUUUUUUUUUUUUUUUAUCGUGCCCGUUACUAACUUUGUUUUCACCAAAGAAUUGACCGAAAGUCCGCCACGAACACGUCAAAGUGAACAUUCAAAAUAAGUGCAGCCUAUCUUCAUUUCUAGGACAGCGUGGAGGAGUCUUGCAGGUCAAAGAAAGUUGCAUAAAUAACGCAGGUUACUGUGAGCCUGUCUGUAAGUCACCUUGAUGUUAAGUUCAGAGACGAGGUUGACACACAGAAAAAUCUCUGUUGUUUAACAUGCUUAGCAGCUGUUAUCAAUGCUAAUAGGGCAGCACGCCUUUACAGAACCAUUCAAAACAUUUUGUGUUAAUCUGACACGAUUAAAGACAGAUCUGCCCAAAACUGUCAAAUAAUCUUUAUUUUUACCUGUUCUCAAAUGAAAUGUUACUUUUUUGGUCUUCCACCUGGAGCCAAACAAACCUUUCCACUCAUUUAAAGGAUAGGUUAUUAGUUAACAAAAGGCUUUUAUUUACCAAAGCUAUCAGAUGAAGGUUUUGGUGGAACCGUUUAGUCAUAAGUUACAAUAAUGUGGUUUAAAGUGUGGUUGGACUCUCUGAAUCCACUUUCUUCAGUGGAACAUAACUAAAGACCUCUGCUUAAACCUAAGCUGGGUGUCAGCCUCUGAACGUUGGAAUAAUGGACACAGGACCGCUUGGCUGUGCUUCAUAUCUGCACACACUCUGUAAGCUAAUGUCAGAAUAACAGUGUGCAUCACUCUGGCAUGUGUAAACUUUUCUGCCAAACUUCAUUUGACCUGCAGCUCUUUGCUGGCAUAAAAAAGACCCCCAUUUCCAGGAGUCAAACACACCCGAGUUCACACGAGAACGUUUUCAGUAUCACAUUUCAUGCACACUUUUUUUUUCUUUGCUCUUCCAGCAUUUAAAGUCCUUUUUAACGUUAUCUUUUGCUACUCUAUUCAUCCAAUUUAGAGGCACAGAGACCAUGGUUCUAAUGUUUAUUGAUAUAUGUGUUUUUUCACACUAGUGCUUGCUCCUCAUGUAUUUCCAUGGAAGCCGUUACUGCUGUUGAGUCCUUCGCAUAGUGAUUAUCUAUUAAUGUGCAAAAAAAUCAUGCAAAUAUACGUGUAUACAGUUAUGCUCUUUUCUUGUUUACAUUUGUUUGAUUGCCUCCAAACCAUGACUAAAGUGUUAACCCCCCACCCCCCGCGCGCCUUGAGCUUUGAGCAUGCGCAGUGUGCGCUCUUGAACAACUCAGGUUUGGUAUUCUCACACUGCCCCCUGCUGACUGACUGGAAAUUCCACUCAAACACACAAAGAAGCUGCUGAUGAAAGAAAGCAGCAGGAAUAUUUCUGAAAACCCUGCUUUAUCCGGGCUCUCCUUCACAUUUGAUGCGAGUUACUACACAUUCAUCAAAUACAGAAAUGCAUACAUCUACUAAUCAAACUUAUUGGAGCAAAAUUCAAUAAAAUACAAAUCCCAACAUCUCAAAGAAACAAACAUAAAACAGAGACGUGCCUGAGAAAACACACCUGUGUUUUUGUAUCCUGGAAACAUGACAGGACGCAGGUGACACAGGUGACCCGGGUGACACAAAUGACCCAGGUGACGCAGGUGACCCAGGUGACGCAUACACAAGUGACACAGGUGAGCUCUCUGAGUAGACAGCAUGGAAAGAAACAAGAGCCACAGCUCAAUAUAAGGAGUGCCACGGUCUCAGGAGCAGCCGUGUUUUUCGGGAGAAAUCCAGAACACUGAUUCUCUUUUAUGUGAAGGACCUGAGAGAACAAAUGUCCGGGUAAAAGAGACUGAAAACUUAAGGCGAUCGCAUUUGGAAAACUGCUUUCUGCAGGUAUGAUUAUUUUCUUGGAGCUGAUGCUUUCAUAUAAUGUGAAUCUGUCUCUGAUCGGUGUUCAUUUCCAGCUCCUCUGGACGUGUAGUUCAGCUGUUUCUGAACAGUCGUGUUGAUCAGACUCCUGCAAUCUGUUGCAUUGCUUAACCACUAAUGCCUUACCUAAUAAAAGCUCAUUUGAUUCAA